AAAAAUAUAAUACUAUAUACAAACAUUAAACACAUAUGAAUCAUAUAUGGUCUUUAUUAAUGAUUGGGUAUUAUUAUACUAUGAAUUGCUUUUCUGGUUAAAAUAUUGUAUUUUUCUUUAUGUGUGAAUAUAUGUUUAAAAUAAUAGUUUUUUCUCUGUUUAAUAUGCCUGAGUGUGUAUAUAUGUGUUUUAGGCUUUUGAAUAUAUUUAUGCUGGAAAUAUUGCGUACUUAGUCUCUUUCGCUAUUUGAAACACACGAAGAUGAAUUGCUGCUUUCCGCCUUCAGGAAAAAAUAUCACUAUUAGGUAAGUAUAAUUUAUAUUUGUAACAUGUUUAAGAAAAUUAUGUUUACAACUCACUAUUCUUCGAUAUUUUCUAGUACAUUGGAUGUUGAAUUGAAGAUACCAGAUUGUAACAAAUGCGGGAAAGGCAUGAUUUCUGCUAUUUCCAACUUCAAAGGAGUUGCAUCUUAUACGAAGGAUACAGAGAAUCAAAAGGUUGCGGUUUCUGGAAGUUUUGACCUGGAGAAGUUGUUGAAAAAACUCAAAAAAGUAACAGGCGGCAAAGGAGUGGAGGUUGUGAAGGAAGAAGAGAAAGAUCCUGAACCUGAAAUAGUUGAGGUUGUUAAAGAGAAAGAUGAAGAAACUGAAGUGGUUCAAGAAGUUAAAACAGAAGAGAAUGCACGACCUGAAAUGGUUUUCGAACCAAACAGUGAUGAGCAAAAGGAAAAAGAGAAGUACAUGCUGUUCAGUGACGAGAACCCUAACGCCAAGUGUACUAUUUCGUAAGCGUAGUUUGUCAAACAAAUAGACUUUUCUAAGGCUUUUGGCAUUUCGUUUUAUUUGAUUUAAUAUCUAAAUCAAUUAGAAAAAAGUUUCUAGUCGAGAGUUUCUAGAAUGACAAGUAUUGUAUUUCUUGUUCAUUCACUUAUUGUUUCCCAUCUAAUUGUAAGUUAAAAAAUUUAUGAAUUUUUGUUUUGUUUUUGUAAAUCGUUUGUUUUAAGCCGGUUUUUAAGAAUGGAGGUGUAAUUAGAAAAAGAAAUA